AUGGGUCAAAAACUAAAACCCAUUUCACGAGUUUCUUCUUCAUAUCCCGAUCACUUGGAACCAAUCUACACAGUUUCACAAUCAAUUCUUGGACAAAAUUCAACACUCCAACAAUUUCAUUAUAAAUUAAACGAUCAACAAUGUAGAAUGUUAUUGAAAAAGUUUAUUCAGAAUCAUUUUGGUUUCUCCUUGUUGUUUCCAACAUUUUCGGAUGAAUUAUUCGAAAGUACUUGGGCCUUGGAUAAUUUGUUGAAACAGACGAGUGCGAAUAGGAUGAUGUUGGUUUAUGCGAAUGAAUUGUAUGUUUUGAAUAAUUAUUCGAAACAAAAUCGGGUGAAUGGUGGAUUGGCCGCAAUUGAUGAAUUCUUCAUUCCAAUACAAUUUACGAGAAACCAAUUUAAAAAAUGUUUAGAAAAUGUUUCGAAUAAUGAUCAUGAAAGGAAACCAAGUCAUUCAGAGAUGAAGAACAUUCCACUACUUUCGAAUAUUUAUGAAAAGACCUUGUUAUUGGAAUGGAAUUUGAAAUGGACUAUAAAUGAUAAAGAAACAAACGUUACCAUAUUGAAAACUGUGCCAUUGUGGAUUGGUGCUAUGAGAUUACGAGAAUUCAUCAAAUCAAAUUUGGAAAUUCAGAAAUUAUUUGAUGGUAAUUUCAAAUUGACUUUUCCAAACAUGGAAUUUAAAAAUUUGAACGAAUCCAAAUUGGUUUCUAGUAUGAGCUCCAUGUUUUCUAUAAUAUUCGAGUUGUUUAUAAUGUAUAUUUCAUGUCCCUUGUUGGUAUUGAGUUGGGUUGCUGGCACAGAAUCGAGACACAUUCAGGAAUUGUUUGAUGAUCAUCAUAUUGGAACGAUUCCACUCUUCACAUGUUGUGAGUUGUUCGUACAGAGAAUGAUUGGUGUAUUGGAUUCAAAGAAUGAGUUUGGAAAGGAUUUGUUGCAAUAUUUUGGAUUAUUGAAAAGUUUGGGACAACAUGGAAUUGGAGCAGAGUGGAAAGAUUCCUAUCGGUUAAUGUUUGAGAAUUGGAGGAGUGAUAUGGUGAGCUUGUUGGAUCAGCCAACAAUUAUCCAAUUGUUCAAACCGUUUUCAAUCAGCUCACUUUCAACAGAGAUGGACUUUAUUGAAAUUUAUUUGAGCGGAAAUUCAUUGCUUUCUCUUCCAAAGGUUUUCAUUUCGGAGAGAUGUAGGGAUUUAAAGCUGGAUUCCCUGUUUAAUAUUCAGGAGAACAAGUGGGAGGUGAAGGAUGUGAAAAAUUCGAAAAUUAUCCUAAACUUGGUUUCUUUUUGGAUUGGAUUGGAAUUGUUGGACGAUAAAAAUUUACAGGACUUGCUGAAAAUAUCCUCCAAGUUGGGUGAUAAGGAAUUUUCAAAGCAAUUGACUUCAUUGAUGGCAAGGCGAGUGACUGAUUCGAAUAGUUACAAAUUCUUCAAGAUUGCUCAAGAUUUCAAAAUUACUUCUCUCACGGAUUUGUGCAAUUUAUUCACUCAACUCGAAAAGUACAAGAAAGAACACACAAACAAUACCAACCAGAGAAGAAGAUCUUUGGCUGUUGUUCUAAAAAGAAAUCCAAGUGAGAGUAAUCUUGCUGAUUCUCCAUUUCAGUUUACAAAACUCUCCUAUCAUGAUGGAUCAGAGUUGCAAUUGGCGUUUUCACAGGCCACUUCAAAGGAAGCAUCUUCACAGACGCAACAGAAGGAGGAUGUGACCUCAAUCAUUGCAAGUGGAGAUAGGGAGAGUAUUUCAUCUCAUAUUGGAGUUUGGAUUUGUGGAGGAGAUCACCCAGGAAAGACCAGUUUAAUAUCCACUUACAUGUUCGGUCAGUUCGAUGCUACUGCCUACGAUACGAGCAUUAAUGAGAGUUAUCGAAAAGUGGAGGGAAAUUAUGUUAUUGAUUUGAAGGAUUCAUCAAGUAGAAACUUGGAGGAGGAGAAAAUCAACAAGUCAUUCAUUGGAAAGUCAGAUAUUUUCAUUAUUUGCUAUUCAGUCAAGAAUUUGAAUAGUUUCAAAAUGGCAAGAGAUUACAUUGAUUAUAUCAAAACCAUCAAAACUAAUCCAAUUCUCCUAAUUGCAGCACUUCAAUGCGAUUCACCAAAGAGCAUUUGGAAAGUUACAACACAAGACGGCUUGAAAUUGGCCAACGACUAUGAUGAUGCUCAAUUCUUUGAAAUAUCGAGCUAUUUGGGAAUUAAUGUUCGAGAUAUUUUCAUGAGUGGAACGGUUCAAUUGAUAAAGAGAUUAAAUAAUUGUUAA